AUGGUCCCCCAGAGAGGGCCACUCCUGCUGCUGGCCCUCAGCCUGGGCCUGGCUUGUGCCCAGCAGACGCUAGAAGAGGUGCCCGUACAGCCAGGCUUUAAUGCCCAGAAGGUGGAGGGGCGCUGGCUGACCAUCCAGUUGGCCUCUAGCCGUGCACACCUGGUCUCCCCAGCCGACCCCCUGAGGCUCGGCCUCCAUUCCAUCUGGACCCGGGACGAGGAUGUGACGUUCGUCUUGUUCUGGACAGGAGAGGGCGUGUGCCAAGGAGUCAACGUCACCGUCCACCCGACUGGGCUCCAAGGCCAGUUCCAAGGCUCCUGGGAGGGAGGCAAUAGCAUGCACGUCUGCUUCGUCGGCACGGACUACAGUAACCUCGUUCUUUACGUCCGCCUCGAGGACGCCGGCGAGGUCACCAGCCUGUGGGCGCUGCUGGCCAGAAUGACGCCCGGGGACCCCACGUGGCUGGGGAAGUACCUGGAGUACGUUAGGGAGCUCCGGCUGCACAAAGCCCCGGUCUUCAAUCUCGAUGCCCGGUGUCCCCCAGCUGAAGCCUAG